AUUUGUUCAGAUCAUGUUUCUUCUUAUUCUAAUGAAGAAACACAAGCUCUCCUCAAAUGGAAAGCUACCCUUCACAACCAUAACCAUUCUUCCCUCCUUUCGUGGACUCUUUAUCCUAACAACUUCACCAAUUCUUCUACCCACCAUGGAACGGCAACCAGUCCAUGCAAAUGGUAUGGGAUAUCCUGCAACCAUGCAGGGAGUGUCAUCAGAAUAAACCUCACAGAGUCCGGUUUAAGAGGUACGCUCCAAGCCUUCUCAUUUUCAUCUUUUCCGAAUCUUGCAUACGUUGAUGUCUGCAUCAACAACCUCUCUGGUCCUAUCCCACCCACCCCAAAUCGGUCUCCUCUCCAAGCUCAAAUACCUUGAUCUGUCCACCAACCAGUUCUCAGGAGGGAUUCCACCGGAAAUUGGCCUAUUAACUAACCUUGAGGUCCUGCACCUGGUUCAAAAUCAGCUCAAUGGUUCAAUUCCUCAUGAAAUAGGUCAGUUGUCGUCUCUUCAUGAGCUUGCUUUGUACACCAACCAACUGGAGGGUUCUAUUCCUGCUUCUUUGGGUAAUUUGAGGAACCUAGCCUCUUUGUAUCUCUAUGAAAAUCAACUUUCCGGUUCCAUUCCUCCAGAAAUGGGAAAUCUCACCAACCUUGUUGAGAUAUACUCGGAUACCAACAAUCUCACAGGUCUCAUCCCUUCCACUUUUGGAAACUUGAAACGUUUAACCAUGUUGUACCUAUUCAACAAUCAACUCUCCGGGCAUAUCCCACCAGAAAUAGGAAAUUUGAAAUCCCUGCAAGGUCUAAGCCUCUACGGAAACAAUCUUUCUGGUCCAAUCCCUGCGUCCUUAGGUGAUCUCAGUGGCCUAACCCUCCUGCAUCUCUAUGCCAAUCAACUUUCCGGCCCCAUUCCUCAAGAAAUAGGUAACUUGAAGUCUCUUGUUGAUCUAGAACUUUCAGAAAACCAACUCAAUGGUUCCAUUCCUACUUCACUGGGUAAUCUGACCAACUUAGAAAUUUUAUUCCUCCGUGAUAACCAUCUUUCUGGUUACUUUCCUAAAGAAAUUGGGAAACUUCAUAAGUUGGUUGUGCUAGAAAUCGAUACAAAUCGGCUGUCUGGCUCUUUACCAGAAGGCAUUUGCCAAGAUGGAUCUCUGGUGCGCUUUACAGUGAGCGACAACCUUCUCAGUGGUCCCAUCCCUAAAAGCAUGAAAAAUUGCAGAAACUUAACCAGAGCUCUGUUCGGGGGAAAUCAACUCACUGGAAAUAUAUCUGAGGUAGUUGGUGACUGUCCAAACCUGGAAUACAUCGAUUUGAGCUACAACAGGUUUCAUGGCGAACUCUCUCAUAACUGGGGAAGGUACCCACAACUACAAAGGCUGGAGAUGGCCGGUAACGAUAUUACAGGGAGCAUACCAGAAUAUUUUGGAAUCUCAACUAAUCUAACCUUGCUUGAUCUUUCUUCAAAUCAUUUGGUUGGGGAAAUCCCAAAGAAAAUGAGAAGUUUAACUUCUCUGAUGGAGCUAAAAUUAGAUGAUAACCAACUUUCUGGGAGUAUACCUCCCGAACUUGGAUCACUGUUCACUCUUGCCCAUCUCGAUCUAUCAGCAAACAGAUUGAAUGGGUCAAUAACAGAGAACUUGGGUGCCUGCUUGAACUUGCAUUACUUGAACCUGAGCAAUAACAAACUUAGCAACAGAAUUCCAGCUCAGAUGGGUAAGCUGAGUCACCUCUCCCAGUUAGAUUUGAGUCACAACUUGCUUUCAGGAGAAAUCCCACCACAAAUCGAAGGUUUGGAGAGCUUAGAGAACCUUAAUCUGUCCCAUAACAACCUCUCUGGUUUCAUCCCAAAGGCUUUUGAAGAAAUGCGUGGUUUGUCUGAUGUUGACAUAUCUUACAAUCAAUUGCAGGGUCCCAUUCCCAACAGCAAAGCAUUUCAAGAUUGUUCGUUUGCUCAGAAAAGUUAGUAAAAGAAAAGGAGUUAAAAUUCAAAAUCCAGGGUUUCUGAUCGAUUUUAUAUAUAUAUAUAUAUACACACACACACACAUACACGCUAGCAGAGUUGUGAUGAGCUUCCUGCAUUUCCCAUACCAAAUUCUUCACCCCCCAACAAGGGUCGGAAUAUGUUGAACCUUGGAUUUUCCAAAUCAUUAAAAACGCACCACAAUCAAUCAACUACACAUUUUUUGUUGAGAAAAAGUUGUUUGCUAGCUUUUGUCCUAGUCUUU